GUCGUAUAGGGAAUUUCCCAUCUCAUGGCAUAGUCAACAUUGAUAUGUGUCGAUUCCUGUUUGAAACCAAUCGAAACAGUUUUUGAAAUUAAGAAAAAAUAUUGUAGACUGCGUAUAUCUGCAAUACUUUUGACCGGAAAGAUAAAAACUCUCGAACAAAGUCCGAUCCCCUAAAAGCUGAAAAAACGUGUAGUGUUAACAUUUAUAAAAAUUAAGAAUUCUGUUUUUGCAACAUUUGCAUGAAGGUUAAUAGUUCAUUGGAUUUUUUGGAAGCUUUGUUGAAAAUACAAAGGAUUGCAUUUAAGAAUGGCACAGCUCUUUGACGUUACCCAGUUUAUCAAAGAUUCUUAUCAACUUCCAGGAAUUGAUCGUCCAUACACUGUCCCACUCGCUGUCCCAGGAGUGGACAAAACAGUCCAUUCAUUAAUUAUUGUAAAUAAUGAAUGUCUUCAACAAUAUAAGGAAUUCAGUGUUAACAUUGACGUACAGAAAAUUCCCGAAAUUAAAUGUAAGUUUCAUGGUUAUGUUAUUAAUAAUUUACUCGAAGAAAGAAUUGAUUUAAAUUUUAUAACAAAUGGGGCGAACGCUUUAAAAUAUGAUGUUACUGUUUAUUGUAUAAACAGUGAGUUAAAAUUCAAUUUCUUUGAGACUUUACACGUGAAAGAUAUCACUCUAAAUUCUUUUUAUUUUUUUACACGCAAGAUCAAAGCUAUAGGGCAGAACUUGAUUAAUGGGCGUUUAUUCCUGUAUUGUCAGAUUACAAGAAAAGAUAUUUUAAUGCCCUUACAACUCGAAAUUCCCAAAAGUGAAAUGUCUAAACAGUUUUCAACGCUCUACGAAAACAAAUUGUUGACCGAUUUUACUAUUAUUUGUCACGAUCAGGAAUUUCUUGCGCACAAAGUGGUACUCGCGGCUAGAUCACCUGUGUUUCAGUCUAUGUUUGAACAUGAAAUGAAAGAAUCUCUGGAAAAUCAAGUCGAAAUAACUGAUUUCAAGCCCGAAAUUGUUGAGAAAAUGUUGCGUUACAUUUACACGGAUAAUAUUGAAGACUUAAAUGAAGCAGACGCACAAAAGUUACUUGCAAUAGCGAAUAAAUAUGCUUUGAAAAGACUGAAAAUUAUUUGUAUGAAAGAAAUAAGUAAAUCUGUAAAUAACGUCUCUGAAGCUUUGGAAGCUUUUUCAAUCGCUGAUCAAUAUAAUGUAGAAGAGUUUGAAGAAAGGGUGGUACAGUUUAUGAAAGAUAACCGACAUAAUCUAUAAGACAGGAAAGAUAACAGCUCGAAAGAUUUAUAUAUUUAACUUUAUUAUUUUUAUACAAACUAUUUUUAUAUGUAUCUCUAUAAUCAUUCAUAUGUACAACGCUUUAAUUCUGAAGAUAUGUUUCUGUAAAUACAAUUUCUUUUAAGGA